CAUCAUAAUAUCUAACAACAUGGCGUACCCGGAACAAUAGAAAUAACUUGUCGAAGUCCACUGUCGUCCGUGAACAUCAAACAGUCAACAAAAUGGCAAGUUAUAAAUCCAUAUCGUUUGCCCAGGAACCUGUUGGCUACACGUGUGUUCUGUGUGACAGUGAAGACAAUGUAAACUGGUAUUGUAAUGACUGUCAGGAAGCUUUGUGUAACCGAUGUAGAGAAUGCCAUACACGCGGGAAGAAAACAAAAAACGACGACGUCGUACCGAUAGAGAAGGCUGACCGUCAGGACGACAAGCCUGUCCCAGAGGUGUGUAAACUACACUCGGGUAAACUGUGUGAUGUUUAUUGUUGUGAAUGUGACAUGUUGUUGUGUUUGCAGUGUUUUUCCCAAACACAUAAACACCACAACUGGAAACCUCUCGAAGAUGAAUUUCCUGUGAAGAAACAACAAUUGCAACAGCAUAUGACAACAAUAUCUGAACGAAUACAACAUUUCAGGAACGAAGCAGCAGAUCAUGUCGGCAAAAGGUUCGUCGAAAACAUAGACGAUAUACGUAAAGAUGUGAACUCACAGCGAUCAAAGUUAAAGGCGGAAGUGGAUUCUAUCGCGGAUGAAGUUCUGACAGAGUUAUCAGCCUUGGAAAAACAAGAAUCCGGUAAGUGUAAGAAUCACUGUAAACAAUCCGAGAAGAAAGUAGCAGAACUUACGAGUCUUCUUCAAAAGGCAGAAAUGGCUUGUACGCCAAGUGUAUCCAUGUUUGAAACAGAGAAGUUAGUGAGGACAGCUCUGCCUCAAUAUGACGCUAAUAUAAACACUGUCUUACCGAAACUGUCAAGGUUUCUAACCGGAAGUAUUGACCGCGCCAUUUUAACGAACAUGUUAGGUGAGCUCCAUCACGAUAUUGCGUAUGAGAAGAUAGACAUCGACAGUCAACACGUCCGAGGCCUCUCCAAAUUUACUGUCCCUCCACACAGUCCUAUAUGUGAUGUAUGCCCAGUCGACCACAGUCAAGCGUGGUUAUCAAUACACCGAUACAAGGGCCUGGUACUGGUCAAUAGGGAGGGUGUUGUGACACAGACGGUAAAACUUGAUUUCUGUCAGGGCACCAUCGCAAUGGUCGGAACAACAGACAUACUUCUGACCAGAGAUCCACCCUCUGUAUUCGUGUAUAAAUUAUCACUACACAGUAAAGAGGUGACAACAUUUGCCGACAUCAGUCCGUAUAGGGCGUGUGACGUCAGCAUCAACAGGACAGGUGAGGUGUUUGUUAGUACCAUGACAACAGCUAUAUUGGUACUAAAUCAGUCGGGGACGAUUGUAAGAAAGGUGAUAUGCGAUAUGGUCAAGGCAGUAUUCAUUACCUGUUUGCCAUCGGGACGUCUGGGUGUCGUUGUUAGAGAUGAAACAAAGAAGAAGGAGUUGAUCAUAAUAGACGAGUCGGGUAAAGUAAUACAUAAAUGGUCAGGUGAUUUGGACAAUGGUCAAAAAGGUCUUGGUACAUAUAGCUUUAAGAUUUCAUGUGACAUGUACGAUAGAGUAUUUGUACAAGAUCCCGACAAUAAUCAAGUAUAUGUCAUACCAAGCGAUGGCUCAAUGGCCAGGUGUCUUCUGGACAAGACGCAUGGAGUGGUCAGCCCUACAGCUGCAAGAGUGGACGCUCGUGGGGACGUGUGGAUAGGUUGUGAGAACGGUACUGUACACGUCCUACAAUUGUAACACGAGGAACUACUAAAACUGACACAGGAAGUGUUAUAGUAGUAUCAAGUUCACCAUCGGACAAAAAAAAAAAACACGGCUUAAAUAGGAUAAGACCAUCCAGAACCCGGAAAGAUGGACUAACCAUGUAUGUUUCCGGAGAGUGUGGCAUUUUGUGAGAUUUUAACGUAACCAUAAGAAACCGUUUCGUCUAAAAAUUUCAAUCCAAUACUCAAAUGUGAUUGAGAAGCCAAUACAGUGUGAUUGAUGAUCGUGACGUCAUAAUAUUUGCGACGUCAUAAUCAUAACGUUAGAUAUAGCUGACUUCGACCGGAAAGGAUUUAUUAAUUAUAAAGCUUAUCGGGCUUGAUGAUUCUAAAGGUUUAGAUUUAGAUACCAAUAAUUGAUGAAAACGUAUGAAUGAUGUUCUGUAAGUAUUGAACUGCAUUCUUCGCCUGUGCAUUUUUUAAACAGUGCUUUGGAAUAUUUAUUUUCUAUAUCAUGUAACUUUUUUUUUUGUAACUUUUUUUUUCUUUUCUCUUUUUUCUCCUCAGCACAUAUGAUGCAGGAAUGAAAUCCAGGGUUGAGAAGCUCUGGAAUCUUUCCUAAACAUUUACAAUAUCAAUGAAUCAUUUUAACGUUUAUACUUUCCUUCCAUGCAUUAGCUUUUAAACUUCACUAUUUAUUACAAAUUUUCGAAUUCAGUACUAAUUCUAAUAGCUCCUACCAUAUACCCAGCUUCAGUCUAUUUCACAUAAACUCACACAUAGAUAAAAACUUACAUCAAUGUUAAACUUCAAAAACAACAUAUUGUUAUUACAUGCUCUACUUCGUCAAUAUCCGUCAAUGUUUUCCCAUGAAUCCUAGACAUAGGAAAACUUAUUUGAAGAUUGAAGUAUUCAAAUACUCAUUUUAAGGGCUUUAUGAUAGUAUUUUCUAUGCUUUGUUUACCUUCCACUUUAUUUUGAAAUCUUUAUCUUAUUUCUUAAUUUUUGACGAAAUAAAAAAUGAUAAGAUUAAAAAACUAUGAAUUAAAA